AUGGCUGACGGUGGAAAAUCCCAUUCAUGCGACGUGUGUGGAAAAAUUUUCAAAACUACCUUCAAUCUCAAGACACACCGGAACAUUCACACGAACGACAAACCCUUCGCCUGCAAAGUGUGCUUCCAAACGUUUACUCAAAGGAGUAAUCUUACAACACACGAGCGAGCUCACACGGGUGUAAGACCCUUCAGCUGCAAAGUGUGUUCCAAAGCAUACGCUAGAAGGAGUUAUUUGACGGUGCACGAGCGAACCCAUUCAGGGGUGAGGCCUUACGUCUGUGGCGUUUGCUUGAAGACUUUCGACAAAAAGUGGACUUUUACGCUGCACGAGCGUAUCCACGCGGGAAUAAAGCCUUACAACUGUAAGUCGUGUCCUCGAGUUUUCAGUGUCAAGUGCAACCUAUUGGUCCACGAGAGGAUCCACGCGAAGGUAAAGUCUCACAUCUGCAAGGUUUGUUCGCACGCGUUCAUCAACACAAGCAACCUCCAGGCGCACGAGCGGACCCACUUGAGCGCGAAGCCGUACAGCUGUGACGAGUGUUUGCAGGCCUUUGCCACGAAACGUUACCUUACCAAGCACAUGGGCAAUGUUCACGCUUACCACUGUUCCCAGUGCCUGCUAACUUUCGUCCGAAGCUGCAAUUUGAAGAAGCACGUGCGCGAGUGGCAUCCCGUUUGA